GCCAACGAGGCCGUCUUGGGAUCGGCGGCUUGAAGUUGUUGUUGCUGCUGCUGCUGUUGUUGUGCACGACUGGCCGAGGCAGGGGCGGUGGGCUUGCGGAAUGAAAGCGAGUCAUUGUCGACGGCGAGCGAGGUGCGUUGGUAUUUUGUCCUGGCACGACUCUCGGCUUAGAGGGGGAUGGGUCAGUGUGUGCGUGCAGCUGCAUGUUGUUAUUGGAGAGGCUCACUCUCAGCGCCCGACUCCUCGGAAUCCUUGUGACGGUUCUCCAUGCCGUAUCCCUCUCGAGUCUGCAUCUGCAUGUCGACCAAUUACUGGAGUCCGUCGAGCAUUUCUUUCGAAGCUAAAUCCCUGGCCGAUGGAAUGGAUGCUUCUUUUUCUGGUCCUCCUUGUUGUUUGUACUCGAUCAAAAAAUCAUGGCCGGACUGUCGCUUGGCUGGUCGUCAAUGGACGGAAAGGAGAGACGGAUGGCUGGCCGUCUGAUGGACAGGCUUCGGCGUGGUCGAAGGGGCUACAGACUCUGGCUAGUGGUGACGGGCAUACGACUUGCUCUCUUUAGAUUGUUGUUGCUCCUCGCUCGCCCAAAGCAGAAUAGUCUUUCUUCGCUGAGGGUAGCGGUCACUGCGCUGCCCUGUUACUGUUGCCCCUCUGUUAUUGGCCAAAGCAGCCCUGCAGCACAAUAAGAUUGUAUGAAACGAUUCAUGCUUGCUUUUCAGAAAAGGUUCACAUCAU